GCCCUCUCUUUUUUCACCACUCUCUCUUUUUUCACCACUCCAUGCAAACGCAUACUGUAUCGUGCAUGGCAGUGCGGCCAAAAUACAACCAUACACAGGGGCUUCUUCUCAUGUAGGCCUACCUCGUUCGGAUUACAACCGGGUAGAAAUCAGACAGGAUGUGUACCACAGUAUCCAUGGAUUUCUUUUUUCGUUUUUCUGUCUCUUUUUGAUUUUCCCAAUUCUGUAACUUUGAGCUCUCUGUGUGUUUUUUGUUGCUUGUUUGUGCAUCCUUUUGGAAGGCUGCUCUGCGCUGGCGUACGUUGUGUGUUGGUUGAAAGGUCCCAGUUUGGAUAUUACACUCUAGUUUUUGUCUUCGCUCACACUGGUCCAAAUGGCUGAGCGCGGUUCCAGCCUUCUGUCGGCUUAAGCAGGAAAACCUCCGGCUAAAGUUUUAAUGUAACGGUGGCUGAGGGGCUCCGUGACUACACAGUGAACUGGAUUUGCAAUUAUCUAUCGAUUGCAACCGAGAGCGGAUAUACAGUCUCCGCAAACAGAGUUCCCUCUGCUGGAUUUAUUCAACUACUGGAUUUAUUCAUAAAUCAUGAAGACCAGUGUUUUUGAGGGGGGCCGACUCCUGUUCCUUGUGGUGUGGUUAAACCUGGUGCCUCGAGGAGCUGAGGGCUGCCCGGUCAAAUGUGUGUGUUACAGUGAGCCACGGCCCACCGUGGCUUGCCAGCAGCAAGGACUGUUCUCCAUCCCCAACGAGAUCCCUGAGCGGAGCCAGCGGAUAUUCCUCCAGAGCAACAAGCUGACCGUGGUCCGCUCCACCAGCUUCAGCUCUGUGCACAACCUCACCGUCCUUUGGAUGUACUCCAACAACAUCAGCCACAUUGAGGCCGGGGCCUUCUAUGGUCUUGAGCGGCUGGAGGAGCUGGACAUUGGGGACAACAGUAACCUGAGAAUCAUCAGCCCCACGGCCUUCAGGGGCCUGUCCAAGCUCCACACCCUCCACCUGCACAGGUGCGGCCUGUCGGAGUUACCUGUCGGAGCGUUCCGGGGACUGUUCUCCCUGCAGUACCUUUACCUUCAGGACAAUAACCUACUGGCCCUGCACGAUGACACUUUCCUGGACCUGGCCAACCUCACCUAUCUCUUCCUGCACAACAACAAGAUCAAGACCGUGUCAGACCACAUGCUGCGUGGCCUCAUUAACCUCGACCGCCUGUUGCUGCACCAGAACCGGGUGAUCUACGUCCAACCAAGGGCAUUCAGUGACCUGGGAAAGCUGACCACGCUGUUCCUGUUCUACAACAACCUGACCGUGCUGACCGGGGAGACCAUGGACCCGCUGGGGUCCCUCCAGUACCUGCGUCUCAACGGGAACCAGUGGGUCUGUGACUGUCGGGCCAGGACCCUGUGGGACUGGUUCAAACGCUUCAAGGGCUCCAGCUCAGAGCUCGAGUGUAACGUCCCACUGGAGUUGUUUGGGAAGGACCUGAAACGGCUGAAGAGUGAUGAUCUGGAAGGGUGUGUGGAAACUCCUCAGAUCCAAACCCAGCUCUUCAGCUCCAAGCCGCAGUCUGGAAAAUUCGCCUCCACGGAAAAUCCUCUUGGAGAUGGAAUUCCCAGGUGUUGUCUUCCAGAUAAUGAUAAGUCCUCUAUUAUCUCCGGGAAAACCAUCCCUGACCCCUCAUCCUACAACAGCCGCCAGAUUACCAACAACCCCCUCAAGGAGAAGGAGAACAUAUCCAAGACCAAAUUCAGAGAGCAGGAGCGAACAAAAAACGAGACCAUCCGGAAUAAGCAGAGUCUCAACGACGGGCCUCUGGGGACUUUGUCCAACAACCUUGACCAGUCCUUAGUCCAACUGGAAGAUCUGGAACCUUCUACAGCCCCAACCAGGAAGAAAAAGAAGUGCACUAAAAAGCCCAAAUCUGAUGCACAAUGUCUCAAAGGCCAUGGAUCUACAAUGCAGGCGGCGCUGAGUUUUCUCUUCAUGUCCAUAAUCUGGUUCUGGUUCUCGUUGGUCAUGUCUUAGAACCUUAGGGCCUGGGAUGGGAUCACAUGCUAAAUAAACAUUGUUGGGACUCACAGAUUAUUAUUAAUGCUCAUGACAAUGAUACAGAAUUUAUCUGCAGUGAUCUCUGACCUCCACUAACAGCCCAGAGACUGAUAACCCAGGAAGUCAGGUUUGGACCUGUCGCCAGGGUAACAAGGACUAAUGAUAAUAAACAUGUUAACAAAAAUGGAUGCCUUUACAGAACAUGUCAGAUCUAAUGUAUAUUACAAAUCAGUGCCCAAAAUUGUUUGUUCUAUAUGUAGUGUACCGUGUCUAAGCUACACCACUUUGGAGACUUUCCUUAUUCCUUUUUCCGUCUCAAAAGCUUUUACUGCAGAGACAGUGACUGCUGAGACAGACCACAAAAAAUGUAAAAUAAAAUACACAUUAAUUCCGAGGGUCUGAACGCACACAAAGAAAGUUUGGGGUCUGUUUGUUGAAAAAUAGAUUUUCACCCCCCCCCCUCCAUUAUUUAUUCAAAAAGUGUUGCAUUUGUUGGGUACUGUUAUGUUUUUUAUGUUUAUAAGUAAAGACAAAUGUUUAUUCUCUCCCCAGUUUUGAGUUAUGUUUUAAUCACAGUAUAGGUACGGGUAGCAAAAAUAAUGCUGUCUAAAUGUUUCACAGAGAUUGCAAUGGAAUCAUAGAUAUGGAUUUUAUUUUACUUGUGUACAAGUAUGAAUAUAUUAUGAAUAAAAGUUAUCCUUUCGUAUAGCUGGUUGGUUAUUGAUGUGGUAUUUUUAGGCACUCAAGUAUAACUAAUAAUCACAC